GAAGACGAAGAAGACGGAAGGAGAGCGCUUCCAUUCCAGGCCGCACGACCUGCCACGGAUAGCUGCUAACAAUAUAAAACAAAGCUUACAUAACUUCGAAAGUCGUGAUUGCAUCUCGGCUUUGUUUGAGCUUCCGGGAGCGGGGCGUCGAGAAGAGUAUUUUCAGCACCGCCUUUCCCGGGAUAUUUUCACUUUAGCACAUAAUUUCAUCAAUUUCAAAAGGAUCAUCAUGGCUGAUGAUUUUGACGUCGAGGCCAUGCUGGAGGCUCCAUUCAGAAAGACUUCCCUAAUGAUAUCUCACCUCUACUCCCAUGAAUUCAUCUUUGAUUCCACUGUGAACUGUGAAAAAAAGGAAGGUAGUUAUUGUGCAUAUACUGAUGUACUGUGGUUCACCGUAGGGCUAAAAGAGACUCAACCUAGAACAUCCAAUCCCUAAUCGGUUGCAACAAGGUGAAUGCCAAUGGUUGAUAAGCCCAUCUUUACCUGUCCAGCAAAGGAGGCAGUAUUCCGAUUUACGAUCUGCACGCCAUCACGCUUUCUCAACGUGGAAUCCUACAGGAUCCGUUUUCCUGAACGUCGUACACUGUAUCACUCUGUCAUCUUGAAAAAAAAAAAACACAUUGCCACAAAAUUGAAUUCGGGUUACUUAAUUGUGUUUUGUAUCAAUCUGUUUUUAAAUCCAAUAGUUUGACUUCAGUAUGCUUGAAAAUGCAGAUUUUGCAGUUGUGGAGCGCCAAUGUGCGAAUACAUGAGCCAUGUCAUGAUUUUAUGGCAAAAUACAGGGCAAGAUGUGUGACAGAGGUGGCAUCGAGCUCUUACAGUCCAAGAACGAAAAUGGGUGAAGAUCACUGGACUGACACCAACCACACAGGAUCUCUUUUAGUGGCCCAUGCGUGGUCACAUGAUUAGGCACAAAUAGUGGCUUUGGUACGACCUAUGAGGAGGGGGAUGAUCUGACUUCUGACAAAGCUUCUGAACUCAGCUAAUGUGUCUGACUCUCCCGUAACUGUGCUUAGUUGCAUUAAGUACUGAGCAGCCUUGUAAAUAACAGGAGGGGGGGUGGAAGGACACUGUCCAGACAUGGCAGUAGACAGUUUUGAAGUAUAAUUAUUAAUUGAAUACAUUCUGCAUUUUCUCUUGUCCCACCCCUUCCCCUUUACCUUGACGACUUGAAAUGUUUCCUCUACGUCCUCAUGAUGUUCUUCUAUCAACCUUGCUUAGGAUGAGAUCAAGUCCUCUCAUGCAAAUGGACACAACGAGCAAAAUAAGAAAAAAAGGAGGAGUCGAAGCAAAAGCCGAAGCCCCGGCUCUAGGAAGCGAAGGAGCCGAAGCAAAGACAAAAAGAAGAGCAAGAAGAGGAGCAAGAGCCGAGAAAGGAAGCGAAGCCGCAGCAGAGAGCGCCAUCGCAGCGGCUCCCGGAGCAAGGAGCGCUCGGGCCGCUACAGAGCACGCAAGAGCCCCGUCCGGAAACGUUCAAAAAGUAGGAGCCCCUUUAAAAAAGAGAAGAGUCCCAUCAGAAACUUUGAAGAUGCUAUCGGGCCGUUUAACAAAGUCAGGGAGCAACCGAUUGACAACCUCACCCCGGAGGAGAGGGAUGCUCGCACAGUUUUCUGCAUGCAGCUCGCUGCACGAAUCCGAGCCCGAGACCUAGAGGACUUCUUCUCCGCUGUGGGAAAAGUUAGAGAUGUCCGGAUGAUCUCCGACAGAAACUCCCGGAGGUCAAAGGGCAUCGCGUACAUAGAGUUCGUGGAGUCUUCCUCCGUGCCGCUGGCCAUCGGGCUGACCGGCCAGAGGCUCCUCGGCGUUCCCAUCAUCGUCCAGGCCUCGCAGGCGGAGAAAAACAGAGCGGCAGCGGCUGCCAACAAUCUGCAGAAGGGCAGCUCGGGCCCGAUGCGGCUCUACGUGGGCUCGCUGCACUUCAACAUCACGGAAGAAAUGCUCCGAGGGAUCUUUGAGCCUUUCGGGAAGAUCGAGGGCAUCCAGCUGAUGAUGGACAGCGAGACGGGCCGGUCCAAAGGAUACGGCUUCAUAUCGUUCGCAGACGCCGAAUGCGCCAAGAAGGCCUUGGAGCAGCUGAACGGCUUUGAGCUGGCGGGCCGGCCCAUGAAAGUGGGUCACGUGACGGAGCGCUCGGACUCCUCCACGGCCAGCUCCUUCCUGGACAACGACGAGCUGGAGCGGACCGGCAUCGACCUCGGCACCACUGGCCGCCUGCAGCUCAUGGCCCGGCUAGCAGAAGGAACCGGCCUGAAGAUCCCCCCCGCUGCUCAGCAGGCUCUACAGAUGACCGGCUCCAUUCCCUUUGGGAACAUCUCUGCUCCACCAUCUCUCCCGACUCCGUCUCAGAGCCAAGCGAUGAACCUCCCGUCUCAGCCGCUGGCCACACACUGCCUGCAGCUGUCCAACCUCUUCAACCCGCAGGCGGAGAACGAUCUGACCUGGGCUGUGGAGAUCCAGGACGACGUGAUCGAGGAGUGCAACAAACACGGAGGAAUCGUUCACAUUUACGUCGACAAGAACUCUGCUCAAGGCAACGUGUACGUGAAGUGUCCCUCGAUACCAGCGGCGAUGGCGACUGUGAACGCUCUUCACGGACGCUGGUUUGCAGGUAAAAUGAUAACGGCGGCUUACGUCCCGCUCCCGACGUACCACAACCUUUUCCCCGACUCGGUGACGGCGAAGCAGCUCCUGAUGCCGGCGCGCCGGUAGACUCGUCCGAGUCAGUGUACAUACCUUUGUUUGCAGUCACGGAAGCGUCAUCGAAAUUAGCUGGCAGUGUGUAAUAAAAGUUGCCCCAAGUUCAUGUGUUCACGACUGAAUAUUAGGCAGGUUCUUUGUUCUGAGUUGCUUUUCAAUUAUUUUUUUGUGGGUUUGUGUUGUAAAAACCACUGAGAAGUAAACUGCAGUUAUCUAUCGGUCUGUAUGUUUUUAAAUAUUCCCGUCUUAUCUGCUUGUUUUAGAUUUCAAAUAAAUUGCAAAAAGUUA